AUGCAGGAGCCAACACGCUUGAUCGGGCGUGCACCAAGUGUGCAGGUAACUCCUGCUGAUACUCCCCCCGAUCAUACUCCUGUAGAUACACCGGCUCGCGCGACCACACCUGAUACACUUUACCCGCGUCCCACAUUUGCUCCCGUCACGACCAGUGGGAAUACCUUACAGUUAAGAAGGCAUUCGACAGCUACAGAAAGGUCGGCAUCAGUUACAACUACCUCUACAGCCUCCUCCUUAUCACUCAACAGGCUAGAACAGGAGCAUCGAAUAUUGUCGGUCAGCGUAGUUCCUGAUGGCUCCGAUCCUCGAUCUCUGUCAGUCUUGCCUGUCGAUGCUAGCGAUGGUGCCUCGCCGGCUAGCAAACUUGCUAUAGCCAGAAAUUCGCUAGUCCAACGUGCUGCUGUUGGAAGCUCUCCCCAGAAAAUGCCACUUGCAACAGACCCACAAUACGUCUCGACACCUUAUAUCGCUAGUAGAAGUGGCUCAGUUGUAUCAUAUCAGGAACCACGAACCACAUCUAUCGAAUCCCUACAAAUCUUACAACCAAUACCAAUCAAUGUCUCCGCCAUCAGAAUCAAAGCAACACCAUCUACCAUGUCUAAUACAGCUGCUAAUACAGUUGCAAGAGCAAAGUCAAUGUCGGGUCCCGCUAGAAGUGUCACCUCCUCCAACGAUGAUCCUAUAGAAUCAUCGCAACCGAUAGAUUGCGGAUCGCAAGAAUACAUUGAAGAGCCUCAAUACAGCGAAGCUCCUCCCCAAGUUACAUGGCAAAUGAAGACUCGGCAAUCGCUGACGAGCUACUGGGAAGUUGUGCUCAGGUACAGGAUGAUAAUAUGGACUUUUUUGAAACGUUUCGCUCCACCAGCGAAGAUAGACCCCAACGCAACUUGGUACAUAUGGUGGAACAGAAUCAUACUCCUUUGCCAAAUGGAACAAAUCAUAGUUAUGCCAUUUAUCAUGUCAUUUGUUCCGGGCCUCGUCGGAGACUCGUUCCAUAUGCUGCUGGUUUUUGGUAUUUGCUGCUUCAUCUUUGACAUGGCACUGCUGUGUCAUGUGUUUUUCAAGACAAGGCUGCAUACGCAAAAUGAGUGGGGUGAAGAAAUUGACCUCAAAGUUGUUGUCAAAGACUAUAUGAUCAAGAGUUUGGGUAUCUUUGAACUACUGGGCGCUCUGCCGUGGGACUUUAUAGCUCUUGCUGUACCGUGCGAAAUGAUGCCUAGCGGUUGGGGAUGCCAUCAAAUACGACUGUGGGCCCUAUUCCGAGUUUUCAAGUCAAUAUUUGGAUUUCCUCUUUCAACCGUCUUCAAUGCCAACCUGCCAGGUCUACCAAUACCAAUUUCCCGUCUCUGUAAAUCCCUGGCUAUUUUCAUGCUGAUUGGACAUAUAGAUACAUGUCUCUUUUGGCUUGUGGAAAUCAGUCUACCGCCUGGAACACGAUGGAUUGACGAGACAGCCAUACCGCUGACCAACCCUGAGAUUUCUUGGACUACACAAUAUCCUGUCACGCUGCUGGGAUCUUUGGCCAGUUUAGUGCUAAAGCUGAGAACAGCGUAUAUGCCAUCCGAGUGUUUAUUUGUAGUGUUUGAGUUCAUCGCUGGUAUAUUGGCAUAUGGUACUCUGUUUGCUGAAAUCUUUGCUGUACUACGUAUGUUUGAUGAGUCUGCAACCAAAGCUCACCAAGAUGUGGAGCAUCGACUGCAUAUGGACAACGUGCGAGAGUACAUGAGAGAAAACAGUCUACCCCCAGAAGUCCAAGAUCAAGUAUUGGCAUACAAGGAAAUACAGUAUCGACGUGUGCAAGGAAUGGACGAAGCGCAUCUUUUUGAUGACAUUCCAAGAUCUGUACAGCAAAAAAUUCAAGAACAGCUGUACAUGGAGCUAGUGAGAUCAGUGCCGCUUUUUGGUGGUGUUGAUGAUGAGAGGAUACGACAAGCCGUCUGUUUUGCCAUCAAGCCAUUGAUGUUACUGGACGGAUGGAUUCUCUUCCACGCUGGAGACGAAGGCCAAGAAAUGUUCUUCAUCAAAUCCGGCAAUAUUGAAAUAUGUAUCGGUCCGGAGCAGCGUGUGGUAGCCACUCUUGGUCCUGGAAAUUUCUUUGGAGAAUUAGCCCUGUUUGAUUCUGACAGUGGCAAAAGAACUGCUACGACACGUGGAAAAGGACAAACCGAGCUAUGUGUCCUCUCCAAACACGAUUUUCAGCAAAUACUGUCUCGAUUCCCCUCACUGGCUGAACGUGUUGCUCAAGCUGUUAUUGCUCGGAGGGAAGAAAGGGCUAAAAACGAAGUUAAGGCAGCAGAAGCCAGAAGACAAGAAGCAGAAGCUGCAGCCGCACUCGCUGCACAAACCAUCCAAACGAGAAGCAGUGCUAUGAUACAAAGAGUGAUCAACAUGUCUUCCAAAAUGCUGGUCAAAGCUAUUGGAAGUACCACAUCAUUAACUGUAUCCACACGCCAAGGACCGACCCCCGGCAAGAGUGGGGCCUCUAUACUGCUCCCUGGCAGAAGCUCUGUUGGAAUGGACCACAGGAGGAACGAAUCACAUCCGUCACAUAUGAAUCAAAGCCUCUCCAUUCAAGUGGACGAUGAAAACAGUAGUCGAAAUGAGAGUGAUAGCGGCACAGAUUCUUUCCUAGAAGAAUCAGAUUCCGAUGGAAGCCAAGAGAAUGUUAUCGUUCAUUCACCCACUUCCCGCCGUGCGUCACGAAAUCCCUCAUACAUACAGAGUAAUUCUCUCCUUCAGGUCGGCAACCCAUCAUCCAAUUCCAACCUUCAGAACCCUCUCCUCAAAGCUGACCGUCGCAGACCAAGCCAGUCAUCACUCAGAUCAUUCACCCACAACAGCCAAAAUACGGAAGCUCCGAGACUACCCAGUGCCAUGUUACGCAGCUCGAAAAGCUUUGAAAGCAACAAGAGCAGGCAGAGCAUCACUGCCAAGGACCUUGAAGAUAUAACAGGUCAAAAAGAUAGUAGUGGCAAGAGUAUCAGUGGUGGUGGCAAUUCACGAGGAGUAAGAUUCAAAUCAGCCAAUGACAACAGGAGAGGGUCUAUCCAUUCCGACCAUAAACGAAAACAAAGGAAACGAAGGCCAUCGCUAAAAACGUUGACGAACGUCCUGAAAUGGCAACCACCUGCCGAGGCAAUAUUACCUGCAGAUCCCUUGUAUAGAGAAGCACAUUUGAAAGCAUGGAAACAAUCGUUUUGGAGGCGGCAUGAAGCUGCAAUCAAUAGUGUGGGACGGCAAGUGGAGGGUCGUGCCCGUGGAAUGUCAGUUUAG